AUGCAUAUUUUCAAGGCACACCUCAAGGAAAAAGGUGCAGUACCUGAAGAAGAGGCUCAGAUCCACAGGAUCCGCAUCACUCUUACAAGCCGCAAUGUCAAGAGCUUAGAGAAAGGUAACAGACAACUGAAGUCAUAAACAUCCUGGAUUAGUUUAGUAAAUUUGCAUCAGAUCAUUUGAACCCAAAUUAAAUGAUGGGGAAAUGUGGCUCUUUUACAAUUCAAAUCUGUCAGUUUGUGCUAUCGGAGGUUCACUGUUUGAGGUUUGCUAGUAGACAAUGAGUGUUCAUAAUAAGGUAGACAAUUAUUGUACUGUAGAAAACAGGAAGAAGUCUCAUGGCCUUCUCAAUCAUGUUGAUAAUAAAAUAGCAGGGUGUGAGUCACCAGCACCACAGAGUAUCCACCAGAGAUCUGGCAGUUGCAGGGCAUUAGUGGGAGUCCCUUCUCUGCACAUUACAAGCAAGAAUUUUGCAAGUCUCUCUUCCUCAAAUUUGCCCCCUGAUAUACCUACAAGUUAUUUAAAUGCAGCAAAGAAAAUGUGUUGAUUUGAUCUUAUUCCAUGUUGUUAUAUAGUAUGUGCUGAUCUGAUCCGUGGAGCAAAAGAAAAGAAACUGAAAGUUAAGGGACCUGUGCGCAUGCCAACCAAGUAUCUGAAGAUUACCACCCGUAAGACACCCUGUGGUGAAGGGUCCAAAACUUGGGACAGGUUUGAGAUGAGGAUUCACAAGAGGUUGAUAGAUCUUCACAGUCCCUCUGAGAUUGUCAAGCAGAUUGUAUCCUUUGAAUGCUAUUAUUCGUUAUGCUGCAAACAGAGUUGUUAAUUAAUGAGAAAAAUAACCCUGGAAUUGAUUGUUUACUUACACUUGGGUAAAGCAACAUUUCAGCAACACCUUUCGUGAGGAAUGUGUAACUGGAGCUUAUUGCUGCCUGCAUAGGGCAGCUACCUAUUUCUGACAUAAGAUCUUGACUUAGCGGUUGCCUGUUACAUGUUUGGAAGUUUGUUAGCAGUUCCUUGGCCCCCCACCUAGCACCCGAUCAGAAGUGACAAGAAAUGUAUGGUGGCCUUAAUUUUAUCUGAGUACUACUGAAGAAAGUCUUUAAUUCCAUUUGAACACAGCUCUAAAAGUAAAUUCAGAUAAAUCUGUUAAUGAGUUUCUUAAAAUCUGGGAGCUUGUUCUUUGACAUUCAUUGUGUUCAUGUUUGGGUUUGAAGUAGGAAAUGGGUUGCAAGUGCGAAGGAAAGUUUUUUUUAAUACUGUAACAGUAAGUUACUCAUUAACCUGUCAUAUAGGUGUAAAGUUUUAGCGAACAUUUUAGCUAGGAGUAGUGGGGACUACAAUGUUUUUUCACGUAUCAGUUGUGGAUCGCUGUGGAUCACAAACAUAAUCACGAUGAGACAAUUUGUUUUAAAGCACCCAUCCAUUCCGACAACCAACAGCAGCAUAAUUUUCAAUAGAUAACCUUCCCAAUGUAGUUCACUGCUUUUUCUAAUUGGUGAAUGAAGAUACCAACUGAAUUAUAAUUUGCCCAAGGAGGGGAAUGAAACAGUGAGUUGAACAGUUGUACAGUGUUCAUCUCACGAGAGCAAGUAAACCCAGCUAAUGUGAGUUUUAAGUGCCCCAGGAUUUUGUAUGUUGUAUUUUUUUUGUAUAUUGACCACUUUAAACAAAGAUAGACUUGGGAGUUUUUGUAAGUUUUACAUUGUAUUAUGAAACCAUACUUUAAAAUUGAUACAUGUUCUUAUGUCUCUGUGAUGAUAACUGCCUCUGGCAUGACACCUGUUGUAUGAUUAUAUAUUUAACCAUGCACUACCAUCUGAGAGACAACCUGAAAGGAUGUAUUACAGUGUCUUUUGGGAUUAAUAAUUAAUCACAAAAAACACUGUAAUAUUGAUUGUAUAAUUGAUCGUAUCUUAAGGAGUCACAUCGAAAUCCUAUCCCUUUUAUGUUUCCUUAACUGUCCCAUCAUCAGACAUCCAUCAGUAUUGAGCCUGGAGUAGAAGUUGAAGUGACCAUUGCUGAUGUUUAAAAUGGUGCAAGAAAGGAUCAACAAUCAAUAAAACGUUGAGAAAAAUUGAAUGUUGUUGUUGUGUUGGUUGUCAAUGUUUUAUGCAAUUACGAAUACUUGCUUGUUUUUUGUAAAAUUGACAACCCUGUUUUAUUGUUUCUGAUGAUAGUUUUUGCAUAUAUGAUAGCAAAAAAACAGGGAUGGGGGAAUGAUUGCAGGGAAUUAAAUUGGAACAACACAAAGAAUAAGUUAGUAAUGAAGUUACUGAUAAGUGUCUUGGGUUGAAGUUGGUGUCUUUUCCCCAUGCUUUUAAUUUCCUGUUCCCACAGCUCAUUUGCCAUCCCCUGUUUUAAUAACAUUCCACAGCUGUCACAAGUUGUGUUGGCCCCCUGAGUAUGAAGUGCAUCUUGCUAGGCAUGAAGAGUAUCCAGUUUGCCAGGAUCAAAGUUAGCAUGUUGUAUUGGGGAUAGGUUUGGAUGGGGAUGACUGAUGUUUAGGAAUAUUUUUUCAGUGCCCUUUAGCAUAUGCGCAUCUAUCUGUACUAUGCCUUCCCUUGCUCAUUCUUGUGAACAAAGCGGCUAACUGGAGGCUUGAGAUAUAAUGAAAAGGAUAAACCAAGCCUUAGCCUGUGUAGGAGGCACAAAAAAGGGGGGGCAGAGGGAGAAAAGCUUCCUCCCUUCCUGCCCCUUUCAACGUCUUCUACACAGGCUGUCCAAGCUUCCACCUUGUUUCAUUGUGUGCUAACCGGAGCAGAAUGUGAGACAAAUCUGUGUACUGCUUUUGACUACUGGUACAUAGUUUUUAUCUUCAUCCUCAAACCACCUGAGGCAGCUACCACAAAAUGGAAAUCUCAUUGUUCCAACUAGCUUUCAUUGUGUCUCUGAGGAUGACAAAUCUUCUGGUUGCAAAGGAAGUUGCUGGUAUUUUAGGCACCAUGUCUGCUGUAUUUGCUGUAUCCAACAACUUGACAGUAAUCUUUUCACAUUAAUCUUUGAUAUUUCAAUGUUCAAUACUGGAUUGCCACGAUUAGUGAAAAGUGGGGAAAAAGCAAUUAUAUGAGGUUGGGAAAAAUUAACUGGAAAGUCACUGAGCAGUCAGGAAGUUUCAUUUUCUGGUUGCCACAGCAUUCCUGGAAUCUGAAAUCGUUGUCAAAAAAGGUUUGUUGUUGACUGAUAUUGAUUUUACAAAUCUGGGAAAAAACACCAUAUAUUGAAAACGUUGAGUGGAUUGCUGGAUUCAAAGAGCCUGUGUUAAGCUACACCCACUUUUAGGAUCACAGAUAGCCUGCAUUGUAGGUACAAAAAAGCGAAGAGAAGGGGGAAAAAUUACACCAUUGAAGAGGGAUUCCUUCUCUCCCCAAUCCCCUCUUCUUUGCCUCGCCUUUUGAGGCCUGUCACAGGCUAGGUCACAAGGAGUUGUUUAACUAAAACCUCAACAGUUAUUCUCCCCAAACCCAGAGUGUUCAAAAAUCAUUUCCUAACUCCAUUAUAUGAAAGUGAAGGCGGUAAUAAAAUGGGUUCCAUUGAGCAGGUCUGGGAGCCCCAACUAGGCCUUUUUUAUUCCACAGCUUUGAAAGCCUUUGAUAUUUUUGGCCUUGGGAUUCAAAUUCAAAUUCAAUGUCUCAAAAUAAAUCCAGUCCCUGACCAUUGCGUUGAACCUAUCUUAGCCAGGUGAGCUUCAAUUGCUGCAAGGAUGAGUAUACAGGGUGUGUUACUUUGACUGGAUAUCUCUCAUAGGAUUUUUUUUAAUGUCCCUUCAUUAACGAGAAAAAAAAUGUAUCGUUUCUAAAACAAAUUCACUUAUUGUUUAUAUUAUACCUCACUAAAGCACAAGGUGGCUAUUCCUCAAUUCUAUAUUAUGGUUGAACCUGGGAAAGUUUUCUCAUAACAGGUGGCCCAAGAAAGAUACUUGGCUUUCACGGUCUUUUGAUAGUAGUAGUUAAUCGACAAUUUGAUUGGCUUUUCUAAAAUUAUUAACUAGUUGUUACAUGUAACUCAGCAGGAUUGGAACAGUUCGAAUGAAGCUUGUUUUCAAAAUGCAAAUAGUGGGAGCUUUAAGACAAGUCAUUAUAUCGGUGUUGAUCAUCUUCCGCUCCAUUAUUCUUUAGAGGAAAAAAUGCAAAGCUUUUACUGUUAAAUCUAAUUUUUUUUAUUUCUUCUUGUGCUUUUAUUUACACCGGAAGUGAACGGUCAGCUGAGUUUUCUACACUUGCUGGCUUAUCACGUGACUGGAAUUUAACCAAUAAACAUGAGCCGCGUCCAGGCCGCGUGGGCAUCCAUGUGCAUGAGUCGGUAAAAAAGUUUGCUUUUAUGGUGACGCUUCGGCUCAAACUUAGAUUUAUUUACUCUAUUAUGUGUCAAGACUGAUAUCCGAACUACGGAAGGAUUGUUGGAAGCUAAACUUUCAUCUAUAUUACUGAAAAGCCAGAAAAUUUAAACGUUUUCCACUAUAUAUUCAGACAUGGAACUAGCUCACAUGCACCCGGCGUCUGAUGUGCUGGAUCAUUUCUCUGUCAGCGAAGCCAAAGGCUUGAGUUUAGAGGAAUUAUCACUUGCUCAGGAGAAAUAUGGACCGAACGGUAGGAAAGAUAGUAUUCGGUUGUAUUGAAUGGAACGAGUUUGUACAAUUCUGUGAUGCGAUUAAUCGAAAUAUAUGAUGUAUCUUUAGUAUGAUUUUAUUAUCGCCACACAUAGUGGUACCUUUUUGUGAGAUGGAGAACUUGCAGAAGUCCCUUUUUCAAAAUAAGCUUAAUUGUAUUUUAUCGCUAAUAGUUUGCUCUCUUUUUUCUUCCCAUUCUCUAUGCUUUGACAAACAAAGAACUUCCAGCCGAAGAAGGUGAGAUCGACAUUGUAAAAUUGCGAAGUAAUAAUGUGUGUUUCACGUGGACAUUCGAUCAAUUUCACUUGGAAACGAACAUGGAAUCAGCUGUCUUCCUGUGGUCUUCUCCUGCUUAUUUUGAAAUGUUAUUAUUUUAUUUUAGGCAAACCUCUGUGGAAGCUUGUACUGGAACAAUUUGACGAUUUACUGAUAAAAAUACUCCUUGCAGCCGCCGUUAUUUCAUUUGUAAGUGUCUUUCAAGUGGGAAAGUGCAUUAGGAUUGCUGUUUCAGUUCUUUGCUUGUUGAUCAUUGAUCGGCCUGCAUAUUUGUUUUUCAGAUUUUGGCGUUGUUCGAAGAAGGAGAAGAUAGAGUCACAGCAUUUGUAGAACCAUUCGUAAUUCUUGUUAUCCUGAUCCUAAACGCAAUCAUUGGCGUUUGGCAAGUGAGUGUAAAAAGACAGUAAUUUAAUAUUUCGAUAUUUCAGUCAAUAGAGUAAUGGCUAAUAAAUUUAUUUUUCUGUUGAUUUUGUAGGAAAGAAACGCAGAGAGUGCAAUCGAGGCGUUGAAGGAAUACGAGCCCGAAGUGGCAAAGGUGUUAAGGCAAAACAAAUCGGGAAUACAAAGAAUAAAAGCUAGAGAUUUAGUUCCAGGAGAUAUCGUAGAAGUUGCUGGUAAGCCUUAAUAUCAAGUCUUGCAUUGUUAUGCAAUGAAGAAGCUUCUUCCAUUUGAUCUACAGAUGUGAAAAGAAAACGCGAUUUUUGUUUACAUCCGCGCUAAGAAAAGCUGAAACUCAUUAGAGGUCGCCGUUUGUAAACAUAUGCUACAUUAUACCAGAAAGAGAACCCUUGUUUCCAAGUUAUUUGCUUUUCUUAUUUUUAACAGAAAUAUUUUAAUCCUAAGACUAUCUCAAUUUAAAUCUUAGAAAAUACUAAUUGUUGGGUAGAGAAGCGUUAAAUUGAUAUUAGGUGUUUGUUUGAGUGAUUCUUUUCUUAAACCAGCAUUAAAAGGCUUUGAUGCUUUGUGAUACAAUAUGUGCAGAUAAUUUGCAGGGCAUCAGCUUUUGCUGGUGUAUGAUAAUUUAAUUAAUCAUUCUCCUUAGCAGAAAGGGAAAAAAAGUAAUAAAGGUUAAGAAUCUACCUAUGUAGAUAUGGCAAGGUUUCCUUGACCUAGGUGAUUGUGGACUCCAGGCUGCAUGACUAUUGUAGGCUUUUAGAGUUAUUUGAAUACAAAAUUCCUACGUUGAUACACUGUACCAUUAUAUGUCUUAUUUGCAAAACAAUUGUGUUUGCUUAAAGUUGCAAUGCAGCGGUACCUCAAUGUGCUUUUCCCUUGAAAAUUAGUGUUAAAAGAUUUCUUUCCUGGUUUUUUGGUACUCAAAUGGCAUGUCGAUCAAGAUAAAAAAAACAAUUUAUUUAUUGCUUGGUUGGGCUAGUUACUGCUCUCUGGUCUCCUAGGAUGUAAUUUGUACAUAAAGGGUUCAUUUGAAUUUUUUGCCUAUCAAGAUUUCAUAAUUUUUCAAUUUGCAUUUUUUCAACUUUACAAAGCCUCUGUUUCAUUGUUUUUUAUUCAAACAACUGAUCUAUAUCAUGGGGAAACUGCUAUGGCUCAGUAGAGACUUUUUCCAGCUGCAAUUGUAACAAAAAGAGCUGUCAAGUUUCACACAUUAAGUGUGAGCCACAAAAGCAUUUAAUCUUGCACUCUCACUUUCUCUCUCUUCGGACUUUCUAAUGGCCAUUGAUUUCAUAUUAAGAGAAUGUAGGUGCUCUAGGGUUACUUUUUCUCUGAUUUGAAAACAGUGUUUUGCAAUGUUAAUGUUUUCUGAAGUAUAUUUUUGCAUUCUCUUUGUUUUUCUAGUUGGUGAUAAAGUUCCAGCUGACAUUCGGAUAACUUCAAUCAAAUCGACUACACUUAGGGUGGAUCAAUCAAUUUUAACCGGUAGGGUUGUGAAAACUUGUAGUAACAAUUUUUUCUCUGUUGAAACUCUGUCAGAUAACUCUUAGUGUUGUGUCUGUUCAUUUUAUGGAUCCAUCAAACCCAAUCUCCAAAAUGUGAACUUGGUUAUUUUUUUUAAUUGGUUAACAAUGGAAGUGGCUUGGCUGAGCAGUUAAAGUGCUGGACUUGUGAUCUGGAGAUCCUGAGUUUAAGUCACACCCUGACUGCUUGCUGGAUUUGUUCUUGGUAGUCCCAAGUUCAGAUCCUCAGCAAUGCUUGAAAAAUAGCCAACUGGUUCACCUCCUAGCAGUUGGGAUUCUUAACCAUGUUAUGUUUUACAUUGCUUGUUUCAUUAGCCUUGAAAAGCCCCAUAAGAGGAGCAGCUUAUAACCUUUGUUCCUGGACAACUAGAAAAUCUUAGUUUUUCCACAGAAAUCAUAUGCUGGGCACCCUGGAUUUCAGAGGGUCAGAGCACAGGGUUCCCAUUAAUUUUUCUUUGGGCACAUUCUUGGCAUUAUUAUUAUUAUCACUAUUAUUAAGCCUUUACAAUACAGUAAUAAGGAGAGUCAUCCUUGAAAGCACAAGGUUCACUGGAAGAUACCCCUGUAUUAUGGAGGUGGAUACCAGUUCUACUUGCUUGUCUGUAACUGAGCUGUGUGUGUGUGUGAGAGAGAGUUCUAAGAAUAUGUUGUUUCCUGUCACUGAUGUUGUUCUUUUCUGUUUAUAACAGGUGAAAGUGUUAGUGUCAUCAAACAUACAGAACCUAUCCCUGAUGCAAAAGCAGUUAAUCAGGAUAAGAUUAAUAUGCUUUUUUCAGUAAGUUUUGUUUGUCUACCACUGCGGACAUGUUCAGUAUAUUGUAUCUGCAUGUAGCACCCUAUUCCCAACUGUCUGACUGUUUCACUGUUCUUCCUUGUUAUCAGGGUACAAAUAUUGCAGCAGGGAAAGCGUCAGGUGUAGUUGUUGGAACAGGUCUUAACACCCAAAUCGGUAAGAAGGCAGUGACUGACCUUUAACCUUGUUGUGCUGGGCAAUAAUAUUAUCUCAAAUGCCUUGUAUACUUUAUGGUGUUUUAAGUCCACUGGGAUGUUUCACUCAACCUUUACUGAAAAUUUAUAAGGAAGCAUUCCUUUUUUGAUCAGCAUGUUAAUAUGGGGAAGCUCUUUACACUUUCUUGCUUUUGAUGGGAAAUUUAGCAUCCACUUCAGUUGAGAUGUAAUACUUGUACUUUGGUGCUAAUUUUAUAGGCAAGAUCAGAGAUGAAAUGGUUGACACUGAUGAAGAAAAAACUCCAUUACAACAGAAGUUAGAUGAGUUUGCACAACAGCUGUCAAAGGUAUCAUCCUGUACUGUAUAACGGAUUUUUUAUGUUACUAGUGUUGCUACAUUAGGGUCUUUUAUUGCCUAGUCCCUAGGUCUCAUUAUUAUGCACGGGCGAUGCGUUUCGGAUCACGUGGUCUGAGAAAGUUUUUGAGGCCUAGACAAACUCGGAGAAGUGAGACAUUUUGUCUCACUUGGGGCGGAGCUUUUGGAAGCGGGCGAGCUGUCAAUAACUUUUCCGCGCUGAUGAAAGGUGUCCAGCAGCCAUGGAGAGUACAGAGGAACGAGCAUUUUUAUUCUAUGCACGUUUUCAUUGUUGAAAGUCGUUUGGCCUUUCUUUUUCAUUUAUCUCAUUAAACUAAUUUGAACAUCUCAAAAACUAUUUGUAGGCUAAGCAAAACAGUGUCGUAAGUUUAUAUUUCUUCUUGGAUAUGACAAGCUAUCUUUCGUUUCUCUAUUUUCGCUUGCUCCUAUAAAUUUCUCGUUAUCAUUUCACUUCGAAAUACUUUGUGUAAUUUAAUUUUUGGAUUUGGAAGCUUAUCAAACUAAUCGGACAGGCUGUUGAAUUGGUCUCUAAAUUUGGUAGAAUGUCAACAAACUGCUGUUUCAAAUCUUUUUAUCAAUAAAGAGUAUCAUUUUAAUGGUUCAUUUGAAACUGGACUAAAAGAGAAAUUACUUGCACUUUAUACAGUAGUAUUCUUUCCGAUUCAAAGUAAUAUUUUUGUUCUUUUAUAACACGAACUAGCUUACUGUAGUUACUUUUGUAAUAGUGUCAAUAGUGCGGAUCUUUAGUGAAAGAUAUUCACGCGCAAAGUUAUUUAUAGAUUAUUUCAGUUGACCGUGUGAACUUUUCAAAAAUGCUCACGCAUGCACACUCCGAGAUUGUCUAGGCGUCUCCCGGCCGUUCGUCUCGGAUACGUCACCGAAAUGCAUUGACUGAGAGGACCUGAGAAGACGCCAUACAGGGACUAGGCAAGGUCUUUUAAACAUAUACAGGUAGUGUCACUGUACAGUUCAACUGUGCUAAAUGAGUGUUGUGUUGGUUAUAUAAUAUUGGUCUGUAACACCCUUGUUUUCUCCUUUUUUCUCAUCUAAUAAAGGUAAUCACAGUUAUUUGUAUUGCAGUAUGGGCCAUUAAUAUUGGUCACUUCAAUGAUCCAGUCCAUGGUGGCUCAUGGAUAAAAGUAAGUUUAAUUUAAAAUUGCUUGACUCCUAAUAAAAAAACAUGAAUCAUGUUGUUCAUUCAGUAUCCAUGCUACAAGGAGUGGGUUAAACAAACAUGCAGCCUAGUCAUUUUCAUAGACCAUCUUCAAGACAUCAGGAUCUUAAAUGAACUUGUGUGAAUUGCUGUUUAAAGUAUCUGAUAUAACUUCUCAGAUCGCAGUGAUUCUUGACAACUUCAAGGCUGAAGUUUCCAAAAUGUUUAGUACUAGCUUAUUCAGCAUGGUGUGUUUUGAGUAAAGUACUAAUUAUGCCCAACUCUACCUCACUGUAGCAACAUGUGAGCUUCUGUAUGUAAAAUUUUAAAAAGUCACUCGUCCAGCAUGGUAACAAGUUCUAACAUGCUUAUGGUUACACUCUCUAGGGAGCAAUCUAUUAUUUCAAGAUAGCAGUUGCUCUUGCUGUGGCAGCAAUUCCAGAAGGGCUUCCAGCGGUCAUAACUACGUGUCUUGCGUUAGGUAAAUAGCCUUCAUAUUAAAUGUACUCCAAAGGAAACAAUAAUUAUUGUUAUUUCCACUGUUCCAAAUAAGUUGGUAACUUUGGAAAUAUUUAAAGUUAGUGGUAGGUAAAGAAACACUAUCAAAUAAAAUUACAGAAACUGAUAUAUAUUGUUUGUGUUAAAUAGCUUAGCUAGGACUGGCUAGACUUUUUCUUUCCCAGUAUCUGCCUAGCUUGAAAUGAAAAUUUGAUCACAGAUGUAAGAUGAAUCUUGGUUUAAUAGUAUUUCUCACAUUAUUUUCUGUUUUCUGUUUUAGGUACACAUAGAAUGGCUAAGAAAAAUGCAAUUGUUCGUAGCCUUCCUUCAGUGGAAACACUGGGUUGUACGUCAGUAAUUUGUUCUGACAAAACUGGAACCCUAACAACCAAUCAGAUGUCUGUUCACAAGGUGAUUUAAUUGCUACAAUCAGCUUGCAUGUUUUUGGUGAUUGAUUGAUUAAGAUUUUUGUCUGUUUUGUAGUAUCUUAUCCGACAACUUAAAAAUUUUUGCUUUUGUUAUUUCUAGUUCUUCAUUUUGAGUGAUGUGAGGAGGGAUCAUGCAACUUUCCAUGAAUUUGAAGUUGAAGGCACAACGUAUACACCAUCUGGAGAGAUGUAAGUAGUUUGGAUCUCUAGAUUUGAUCUUACUGGCUUUUACCUAGAAAAAGAAUGAAGACUGAGUCAAGAAUCACUUUGUGAUUUUAAUUUCAGAUCUUUAAAUGGAAAGGAAAUUGAUGCCAAAGACUUUGAGGCACUUCCUGAGUUUGCUACCAUCUGUGCUAUGUGCAAUGACUCAAGUGUAGAUUACAAUGCAGUAAGUGCUGAACUCAUGAUGAUGAUGAUAAUUUAAGACAGAAUCCACCAGGAAAUUGGGUAAUUUUAAUUUUCAGUGGACAAAAACCUUGUUCCAGAAUAAUAUUUCAAGUAUAUUGUAUUUCAAGGGCUAAAGAUGUAAUUAGUCAUCUGUAAUAACACCAAAGAAAAUUUCUCAUGGGAGCUUGAGGAAAUGAAUGUCAAAUUUCACAAAAUUACAUGUUACACAUGAAAUUUUCAGAAUUUUACCUGUGUUCCCACAAUUCUUGUGAAAUUUGACAUUCAUUUUCUCAGACGCCCAUGAGAAAGUUUUUUUGGUGUUAUUUGCAGAAGACUAAUUACAUCUUUAGGCCUUGAAAAGUGUAAAAAAGAAUGCAAUAUUCUUUAAAUUAUUCUGGUACAAGGUUUUUGUCCACUGAGAAUUAAAAUUACUCAGUGUCCUGGAGGAUUCUGUCGCAAUGUCUUAGGUGAAUGAAGUGAUUGCUCAAUCUUCUGAGCAAAAGGCUCAUUGUUGAAAACCCAGGCCAAAUUAGAUCAAAAUAAGCAAUAGAGAAGGCAAUGCCUUUGCCCUGCAAAUAGCUUGACCUUCCUUCCAGCUGUUAUGGCCAUGUAGAAAUGGCAGUCCUGUCUUCUGCAAGGGAUGUAAAACAGUGCCGUCAGUAUUGUAACUCUUUAAGCUAAAUACAUUGACAAUUAAAUUAACAGUUUUUUCUCUCUGGUAAGAUUGUUUAGUAGCGGAUCUUAUAAUUAUUUUAUGCUAUUGUUGGGCACAGGUCACAUGUCGCAUUGUACUUAGUGUUAUUUUAUAAUGUUGUGGUUAAACUCACUGGAAAUGAUGUUUUUCCGUGUUUCACCUGAGGUUUUCUCAAUGAUUACAGCAUUUUGUGAACUGAUCCAGUGAAGUAAUGAGGUUUGGUUUUUCCAGGAUUGUUUUCGUCAUGUUAAAAUUUAAUGCUUAUUUUGUUAUUGUUUGAUUGCAGGCUAGAGAUGCUUAUGAAAAAGUUGGAGAAGCCACCGAAACAGCACUGACAGUGUUGGUUGAGAAGCUCAAUGUCUUUGGUACAAAUUUGGCUGGAAAGUCCAAAGCUGAGCUGGCAAAUGCCUGUAAUGAUGUCAUCAUGUCUCACUUCAACAAGGUAUAGUUUAAAUUAAUGUACAGUUAAAAGGGUGUUGACUGUUACACAAGAAUAUCAUUGAUGUGCACCUUGAGUUGAGUGCAAAUAUCCAGUGGUGAAUGAUGAAGAUGUGGAUUCCCCUUCACUUGUUAUAAGUGAAAUUUCCACCUGCCAAGCUGACUACCACUACUGUCUAAGGGUGCUUUCCAUUUGUCAGAACUGUCUGGCCAGACCAUGGCUGGAGCAGUCAUUUUGACAAUGAAAAAGGCUUUUCCCAUGAGUUUUUGCUGAAAAACCAUCUCCUUCCUUUUGAUGAUAAGUAAAAUCCUCAUUACUACUGGAAUGGUCUGGCCAGUCAGUACUGACAAAUGGAAUGUGCCCUACGCAAAUGUAGCUUGUGAACAGGCCUUUGGUCGAGCGGGGAACUAGAGAGAGGGAAAAGCGAAAAGGCCUGUGGACAAGCCUUUGGGACCGCCGUUCCACGGCACCCGCUGUGCAUCAGAUCCUGAUGCAAGUUCUUAUUGGCGAGAACACUGACUGUUGACAGGUCUGAUUGACAUCGGCUUUUCGGUCGGCACAUAACACGCGUUUGGAAAUAACAAAACACUCCAAAGACUGUUAAGCUUGUUCAAAAGCUAUUACCAAGGGAGGAACUACGCGCUCCAGUGAAAAGACUCACACUAUCUAAUGGAUAGAAAAACACAAAGGCUGGAGUUUACCGAGUCAAAAUGCAAUUCUCCAUAGUUGAUGUAGCUUCGGUUUAAGCUGCACUUGAAUCUUAUAACUUUGGAUCUGUAAAUUACUAUCCGUGAUCAUUUUUAAACAUUCUGCAAAGAAAACUAACGACCUGGGCCCAGCGUGAUACAACAUUUCAGAAAAACAUUACAUUUACGGACUAAAGAAAAUCGCUUAGUUAUUCAGAUCCAGAGGGCACUUUGGAGAAAAGUACGACCCUUAUUCAGCCACAAUAAAAAGCUUUACGCUUCAAAAGAGGUCAAAGAAAAUGCUCUUGCAUCAGAGGGCAAAUCCCGCCGAUCAGAGACAAAAACCACAGUAAAUCGAUAUGUAUGCCAUGACCUCUCAGUGUGAAACAAGCGGCUAAAGUCAUAUUUGCUCAGUGAAAAUGUAGAACCUUCCAGAGCAUAAUCUACCGAGCAGAGGAAAAAACUUAUGGGAACAAGCAGCAUUUUGGCGUGAGGUAAACGCCGUGUAGGCCUACCGCCCUCUUUUAUUGCUAUAAAUGCGGGAUAAAUACCCAAAGGUGUAAUUCCUGUCGGCGAUCGAAGCGCUGUUGAUUUCUUUGUACUUGUCUUUGGAGGUUCACGUUCUGGAGAAGUCAUGAUAGUAUCUGUACCUUUCGCAUUCCAAGUUCGUUCAUUGCAGGGGCUUGUUGAAUUAGAAACUGAACUAGCAAGACGAACGGCGCGUAGAGCACAAGUUAAGCAGCUUAAAUCGGAAAAGCUUUCUCCUUGCACAAGAGGAAAUCUUGAGGAAUCAAAUGCUUGCGCUAGUACAACGCUGUCUUGGCCACUGUCAACCAGCAAGGUCUUAUUUCUUGAAAAGCCAACGACCGGCACCGUAUUAAUUCUCUUACUGGAGAACAACGAUUUUUUUGCAAAAUCGACAAUUAGACUCGCGGUCCAUUUCACUUUGUUUUGAGACGGAGCAAAACACAUUUGUUUCCGGUUAAUUUUCCCAGGAGUUACUCACGCGCGAAAUUGAUUGACAGAUAACGAUCUUACUGACAGAUGUUCGGCAAGAUAAUUACAAGAGGGCGGAAUAGCGGCCUCAAAUGUGUGUCUACAGGCUCUCUCCCCCCUUCCCUUCACUUUCCUUGCUAUUUUUUUUCCCCUAACAGAUCGAGAGAGCCUGUUCACAGGCUAAUGCAAAUGCCCUCUUCUUGUUUUUAUCAUGAAACAAUACUUCUUGACAGCAGCCACUGUCAAACAGAAUUAACUACCUGUUGUUGAGAGGUUGUUAACUGAAGUACUGGCAAUAAAUUUUUGCAAAACAAUAUCAUCAUAAUUAAAAGGAAUACAAGUAGGGCAAAAAAUAGUGCAUAAUGAGAAUAUGAGCUACGUCUGAUCCCACUUUUAUUAUAAUGGCUGCGGUCACAUCUGGGCUACUAACUAUAAUUGAGAUGGGGAUAACUUAAUAAUGUGUAAUGUGAUGACCGCUUCUCUGUUUGCUUUAACUAUAGUUAGAAAACUUACGCCUCGGUGAUCCAAAACAAUACAGACUAACUAUAGUUAUACCCAAGCAGGGUUCGUGGGUUAGUCUUAAGUUUACAAACAAACAACCAAUCAGAGUGUGACACUUCUUUUCGCACGUGCGAGAUGAGCAUAUAUAAAUAUGCAAAAUAAACACCAAGCGUGAAACGAGUGGGAAACCGAAAACAACAAACAAAAAAUUUACAUAGGCUAAUUAGAACCAACGGUUGUUGACUGCGUGGUGUGACCGCAAUGUCGACCGAAAGCACUAAGUACAGUUAGGUAUGACAUCAUGUAGCUUGACACUAACUUAAGUUAAACUGUAGUUACUUCGUAGAUGUGACCCCAGCCAAUGUAAACUAGACUUAUGAUGUCUUGUUGUUCAUUGGUGAUGUUAGAUGUUUAUACCAAGAAAAUUAAUAGGAAUUCUGGUUUGAUGCUUGUCUUUUUGUUUCAAAAGCCACAUAGAAAUCUACAUUUUCUCUAGUGCUUACUUAGAUGUCUCCCAUUAUGUUGUAGGAAUUUACACUUGAGUUUUCACGUGACAGAAAGUCUAUGAGUGUGUACUGUACUCCUAGAGUUGAUGGACCGAACUCUGUGCAUGAAAGGAAUCCUAAAAUGUUUGUCAAGGUUAGUUGUACAAUUUACUGGUUGCUAUUACAAAUCUACCUUAUCUGUCCUAUGUUUAAACUGCUGUAAAUUUGCUGAAAUUUGAUUGUUGGUUAAGUUACAAUUGUCCUAAUAUAUUAAUAAGAUUUUAAUUACAGUAAAACAUCUUUUCAGUACCAACUCUUGAAAUAAUGUACACCUAUAUUAAGCAAAAUCACAAUAUUUCAGUUUUAGGUGAAUUACUGAGCUUUUUAAUUAGCUUGUUGCACUGUUGCAGGCUUAUUAAAAAGCUGAUUUUUUUCUUGAUAAAAGUUAAACAUUAUUCAUGUAAUGGCUUAAUUACAAUGCGAGUACGGUAAGUCAUUAUAAACCAAAGCUUCUCUUUAUGUGGAUUUUUAAGCUAUGUGUUCAGUUUGAUUUCCAAGUCAUUUUUUUGUUACGAAGCUCUUGUCACGAUGGCCCAGUUGUUCAAAUGCUGGUUAGUGCUAACCCAGGGUUAAAUUUUAACCCGGGUUCAUUUUCUUUUUAUUAAAAGCACUCUCUCUGAUAAUUUUCUCUAUUCUUUUUAGAGUAUCUAAUCAUCAAAUUGUAGCCAAAGAGAAUUUAACCCUUUUUUAUUGUCAGUCCUGUGUUGUUUAUUUUCAUGUACAUUGCAGGGUGCACCUGAGAGUAUUAUUGACAGAUGUAACUUUAUCAGGGUUGGAAGCAAAAAGCAGCCUCUUACACCAAAAAUCAAGCAGCAAAUUUUGGAACUGGUUAAACAAUAUGGAACAGGUGUGUAUGCCUCAGUUAAUGCACAAACUCUUGCAGAUUCAGUGGAGAUAAUGUCUGUUGUGUUUUACAUGAGAGUUUCUUGCAGGAUUACGUUACAUCCUCAAUACUCUGAUCCAUUGUUGGUUUUAUUAAGGGUGUAUUCCUUUGGGAUUAUCCCAGUAAGGAUCUAUGAUCUAAGGUAAAUCGGAUUAUGGUGCGCAGCGUGCAAAGAAAGUAGUGUCCGAUAGCCCGGGGCUAGUGGAUUUUGCUAUCGGGCUAGUGAAUUCUGUUUUUAACUUGCCGACGGGCAAGUGAUGUUUUAUGAGGAAUUUGAAUAACAGAAGAACAAGAAGUUUUUGGGGCUAGUUGAAAUGACGUCUGGUCUAGUAAAUGCUAGCUUCAGCUUGCCGGAAUGGCAAGCUGUAAAAAUUAUUUUUUUUUGCACCCUGGUGCGUCAAAGGUACUGAUGAAUCCUUGUCUACAUGAGAUCGAUUGGUUCCUUUCAUGCACCAUGAUUCAAUUGAUUUUGAAUCAUUUAUCCUCAUGCAGUUAACCCAAAGGAAUGCAGGGUCCUUAGUCUUGAACAAAGAUCUUUGACUGAAAGAACAAUAAGUGCUUUAGCAAAGGGAAAGAGCUAUACUUUUGUUGGUCAAGGACAAAAUGAAGAAGCUUGCAUUGAACUCAAAUUAAGGCUGCUUUCAGUAAAUUGAUAUGAUUUUAAUACUUUGACACAUCAGUUGUACAAUGUAUUUACUUGUGAUUCCAGGGAGGGACACUCUCCGUUGCCUCGCCUUAGCAACAGUGGAUGAACCACUGCCACCAAGCAAAAUGGAUCUUGAAGCAGCAGACAAGUUUGUGAAUUAUGAGGUGUGUGUUGAAGUCAUCUCCAAGACUGUUAUUGAUAUCCAGUGGUGAAUGAUGAAAAUGUGGAUUCCCCUUCACUUGCUAUAAGUGACAUUCCCAUCUAUCUGCUAAGCUGACUACCACUGUUAUUUAUAUUCUCAUUCAUUGCAAUCAGUUUACAUUUGAAACUUUGCCAUCAAGUAAUAGACAACAAUGUCUUUGAAGGGUAAAAAAAUAAAUUUGAAAAGAAAAAACAGCUGAAACUAUUGUCAAAAUGCAGGAAAGGUGUUUUUAAAUUACUAUUCAGCAUUAGCAUCCCAUAAAUUAUUGUGUGCCAGAUAUGUCAAUCUUGGCACUUUUGUCUCUUAUCUGCCUUUGAAUCUAUUGUGAAACAACAUUUUCUUGUCUUUUACCUAAAUGUAAUUUCAAACAUUCUCCCUUUACAGAGCAACAUGACAUUUGUGGGUGUAGCAGGAAUGCUGGAUCCACCAAGAACAGAGGUGAAAGAUUCAAUUAAGAAGUGUCAUGAGGCAGGAAUAAGAGUUAUUGUAAUCACUGGUGAUAACAAGGUAUGGAAAGAAACUUUUAUGAUGAGGCCCCAGUUGUUAAAAAACUGGAUAUUUGCUACCCUCUGGAUCUAAUGAAUAACACCUGUUUAAAUGUCUCUAAUAUUUAUCCUCUUGAUAGUGAUUUAACCAAUGGUUAGCACUAUCUGUAGCAAUUGAAUAAUUGGUACCAGAGGGCAUUAACAGUGCACUUUCUUGAGUUUACUUAUUAUUUUAUUAGUAUAUCUUACUAUUAAUGUAUUUACCUGUUUAUUUGUUGUUUUGAUCAGGCCACUGCAGAAGCUAUUUGCAGAAGGAUUGGCAUUUUUGAAGCAGAUGAAGACCCAACAGGUAUUGAACUUGUGUUAACCAAGUGCUAAUAUCGGCAUCAAAUUCCCCAAACUGAUCUCCAUGCAUUUCCUUAGAGGAUUACAUGUAGUUGAGAGAAUUUUACAAAAGAUAAAAGCUCUUUUCUCUUUGGUGGUCUUUUUAUUAAUUCUCAUAACCUCUUUUCCUAGUGAAGUAUUAAUGUUGUCAUGAGAAAAUUGAUGUUGGUCACUCUUGAAACUAAAAGGCUUAACUGUAUAAGUUAAGUUAACUGUAGCCAUUUUGUUGGCCACAUGAUGUUAAUUGUUUUCAGCUUAUGUUUGAAAAUUUAGAAUAACAUUUUGUUGGCAUUUUGUUGUUUAGGGUUAUCAUUCUCAGGUCGUGAAUUUGAUGAGCUCUCGCCAGAGGAACAGAGAGUAGCUAGUUUAAAAGCAAGGUGGUGUAAUUUUUCUGGCAUUUCUGUUCGUCAAUAAUAAAUCUUGAUAAAAUCCCAUGAAUUUGUUUUCAUGAGACAUAGGUUUUUGCACUUUGCAGCAUACAUACUGUAUGAACCCAAAAUAAACAUUGAUGUGUUUGCCUUUUUUCAGAUUAUUUUCUCGAGUAGAGCCAUCUCACAAGAGUAAAAUUGUUGAAUACCUCCAAGCUGAGGGUGAAAUCUCAGCUAUGACUGGGGAUGGAGUUAAUGAUGCCCCUGCUUUAAAGAAAGCCGAGAUUGGUGUGGCCAUGGGUUCCGGAACAGCUGUAGCAAAAUCUGCUUCUGGUAUCCUUUUAAAACGUUAAUUUAAGUAUCUGUCAUCAGUAGAGCUUUCCUCAUUUUUGCCUCUCUAAUAUUGCUUGGAGGUAGCAAAAGACUUGCCUAAUGAAGUGCUGUGGUUGUGAAGCCUGUCAAAGUGCUGUGUUCAUUCUUUUGUUAGCCUUUCUUGGACCUGUCUGUGCACAGUGUUCAAUAGCAUUCCUAUAAUUUUCAACUAAAUUACAAAUAGAAAAAUUGCAUUAAUUUAUUUAGUCACCAUUUUUGAACAAGAAAAAAAAAAAGGAUUGUGCACAGUCAGGGAGCAAGUACCCAACAUACAUGCAGACUGCAGCACUAUUCUUUUUGUUCAUUGAUGUUUUCCAACUUUUAUAACCACCCUCCUCUAGUAACUAUGCAUUGAGGGGUUACAGUGACUUUUGGAGUACAGCUUGGGACCACUUCAGCAAGCACUUGGUUGAUAAUUGAGCAAUAGGGGACAAGUCACAACAGAGUACCCUCCAAAGUUCUGGCUGGUACAGAGUCUAGAUCUUAUCCAUGUGAGACACCUCCCUAACACAGACACCAUGUUGUUGUAUAGGUUGCUUAGUCCUAAGAAUAUUGAAAUUUCAUACAAUAAUAUUUUAUUCCUACAUGGCAUUUAAGACACCUGAACUGAGGUCAUUUGAGUUUUUCCCAUUGGUGUCUUAGGUUUUUCCCUUUGUUUUGAGGAGGUCUCACUGAAUUAACUGUUGAUGAUGAUUUACUUUGUUGUUGUUGUUGUUGUUUUACCAGAGCAAUAUGAUGUAAAAGUCAAUCCAUUCUCUGAGUCCUAAUUGUGAACAUUGUCAUAAGCAUGUUGUUCUGCAGUUUACCAAGUGGUUUUCUCUUGGUCUACUGUCAGUCCUCAUGCUGGGCACUGUUUGCAUUACUACUGGGAGGAAAAUGACAGUCUGAUUGCAGUUUCCAGGCUUAUCUUUACUCUGUUAAGAUGGUGUGAAUAGUUAAAAUUUCAUCCUUAACAUAUCAACAGAAAUGGUAUUAGCUGACGACAACUUUUCAACAAUUGUGGCAGCGGUGGAAGAGGGACGGUCAAUUUAUGACAAUACCAAGCAAUUUAUUCGCUAUUUGAUUUCCUCAAAUAUUGGAGAAGUUGUUAGGUUAGUGGAGAUGUCAUGUGGAGUGUAAGGCUGUCAUAUCCUUGUCACAUAGUUCUAAGAACCUCUCUGGCACUUGAUGUCAUGGGCAAUAAUUGUUGAGCAAAAGAGUUGUGCAUCUUAAAUGAAACAGAUAUGUGAUACAAGUUUAUAGAAAUUAUUCUGACUAUAAUGGAUUUCAAAAGUGCUGGGACCUUUCCAGUGAUUAUUAGAACAUAUAAAGCUGGUAAAAUUCCAGAAUUUUUCAUUCCAAAAUGAGUGAAAGUCAGUUCUUUUUUGGGGCAUAACAUUGCUGGGAUGGUUUCUCUAGUGAUCAUAAAAUUCUUUUAACUUCCAUUGUGCUUACAGAAUGAGGUGUUGUACAUGUUGCCGUUAAUUUUUAUUUUUUAUUGUUUUUUUGUGUGAUAAUAAAUUAUAUGCUAAUAAAUUUUAAAUGAAGGAAAAACAAAAAUUAACUGAAAUAAAAAAUGAACAGCAACAUACACAUUAGAUUGAGGCUUUCUUAAAUUUAUAUGUUGUCUUCAGUUUAUGGUGAUCUUUAGAAUCAUGCCAUUUGGUGAUGUUUUUUUAGGGCUUAGUCUUUUGAGGGGUGCAUCUGAGGAUCUGCACUGCAAGAGACACAGUAAUAUAUUAUUUAACAUAAUUUAUUUUGUUUUUUGCAGCAUUUUCCUGACUGCAGCCCUUGGAAUGCCAGAAGCACUCAUUCCAGUACAGCUUCUAUGGGUAAAUUUAAUGACAGAUGGACCUCCAGCCACUGCGCUCAGCUUCAACCCUCCUGAUGUAGAUAUCAUGAUGAAGCCACCACGUAAGGCUAAAGAAUCUCUCAUCAGCGGCUGGCUCUUCUUUAGAUACAUGGCUAUUGGAAUUUACGUUGGAGCUGCAACUGUUGCGGCAUCAGCGUGGUGGUUCAUGUUUUAUGAAAAUGGUCCUAAAGUCUCUUAUUACCAGCUGGUAAGGGAAAGUUUUUGAUUGAUUGUUUCAAGAUGGUUUUAUCCUUGUUUCCCAACAGUGACAAUGAUAUAAUGUGAUCCAUUACUAUUUUACAGUGGAACUAUCUUUGUGAACAUCAUUGUUAUUACCACUUUGUUGAAGUGCAGACAUUUAGCGAAGACAGUGCAUUGACAGUCGCAAUGGUGUUCGCUAAUCUAAACACGACAGAUGCCAAGCACACGUUAGCAGUCUCGUGUCACGUCGUGUUGAAUUUGCCAGAUAUGCCAGUUUCCUUAGUUUGUGAAAACCUUGUUAAUAAGACCGUCUUGUUAAUUCAUGUAGUGUUUAUGAUGAGGUUUAUCUGCACUUCAAAAAUGUCUGUUAUAUUUAUAUUAUUACUGUGUGUUAAGUCAUUGUUAUAUUACAUUCGACUGGAUUUGUAUGUACUGACUUUGAAUCCAUCUAAUGUCCCUUGUUCUAAUAGUUGGAGUAGAGUAUACAUUUACCCUGUCACCUUUAUGUGGUUAUGGUAAAUGGCAGUUAAUUAGUUUUCUUUUAUUUCCUGUUGUCUAGACACAUCAUAUGCAGUGUACUACAGAUCCUACAAACUUUUUAGGUGUCAGUUGCCAAGUGUUUAAUGAUCUUCAUCCUAUGACUAUGGCCCUGUCAGUACUGGUUACAAUCGAAAUGUUCAAUGCUCUAAACAGGUAAAAUACUGCUACUUAUUUACAUAUAAGACACAUUUUACCCAGGAAAAUUUGUAGAAGUAACUCUCCCUUGAGAUUGGCUGACAACUGGAGUGUUGGGGGUGGGGGUGGGGUGGUGGUGGGCUAAGAAGAAAAAUGUUACAGAACAAAAGUAGAUUAAGAGCACAAAAAAAUUAUCUUCCAAUGUAGGUAAGGUACCCAAAAGAGGAAACACUGUCUUUAACAUGCAUUUUAGAACUCAUUCUUAACCCCUAUCAUAAACUGAGGUCAAUGGAGAGUAACAUAUUCUAUGGUGGUGACCUCAUAUCUUAAAAUUCAUAGUUUAUGCCCCAGCAAAAUCUUUUUUAACAUUUAAUUCAUUAUUAUUUGGUGUUUUACUUUCAGUUUAAGUGAAAACCAAAGCUUAUUUGUGAUGCCACCCUGGCGGAAUCCUUCUCUUAUUACUGCCAUUGCCGCAUCAUUCAUCAUGCACUUUGUCAUACUCUAUUUCAAGAUUACUAAUGUGAGUACAUCAUUAAAGUGUACUAGGUGUGUUACAACCUUAGCCCAUUGUUUGUGUCAAGACGUUUUUUGAAUCCUUUGUGGAUUCUUCUAGGGCUUGUUUAUUGUUGUAAGUGUUAAAAAGAUCCUUAAAUUUCUUGUUUGUUUCUCUUCUUGUAUUGCCAAAGAAACCUUAUGGCUGCUGACAACAACAGUUAAGUUUGUUGUCAAACUUUGCACUGUUUUUACAUUCUUCACUUCUAAAUGCCUUGAAAGAUCCUGGAUAUACACAUCAUACACAUCCUCAUAAAUUCUCUCCUCUUUUGUUGACAAAAAUUAAUAUUUUUGCUUUGCAGACCAUUUUCCGCAUCACUCCUUUGAACUGGGAUGAAUGGGUCGCAGUUCUUUAUUUCUCCUUCCCUGUUAUCAUAUUGGAUGAGGUUCUCAAGUUCGUUUCAAGAUGCAUAGGUAAAUGUAGCUCAUAAUAUUUAGUAGCUGGCCUUGUAAAAAGUUUAUGCAGACAUACUAAAGGCUUGGGUAGUAUUGGGUUGCGAGUCAAAAGAACGUCAGCAGGGGGCUGUUAGACUUUGUGGAGUUUUCGUGGAAAUCAAACUUGUUCAAUAACUAAAUGAGCCUGGCUGCUGACAGGGAGGUGCUGGGUUCCGAACCCAUGGGGAGGGGCACCUCUACUGAGGAGAAUGUGCUGCCUUUGCUGACAUCUAAAUAUGGUUAGAUAUUCUAGUCUUCUCGGAUAAGGACGAAAAACCAUAGGCCCUGUCUCACAGCCCUUUCACUGUUUUGAUUCUUCUGGGACGUAAAGGAACCCACACAGUUGUUCGUGAAGAGUAAGGGAUGAAGACCCUAGUACUGUGGUCAACCUUUACGGUAGAUGUAGCAGGUCAACAUCAGCUUUCCAUUUUGUGAUAGAUAGAUAGAUAACAUCCUUUAUCAGACAAAAAUUAUGAUGUUGAUCAUGAUGUUUUCUGCCAUGUCAAGACUUGAAUACAGACUAAAUUUCCCAGGGCUUGCUACACUCGUCUCCUUUCUAAUGAAAGUGAUUUGUUUUUCUUUUAGCUGAACCAGCUCACCCUGUCUCACAAACUAAAGUGAAGUCUGACUGAUCAGUUGAUAACAGCACGCUGGUCAUGCUACAAUAUCUACUUCGUGAAGACUUUCCUUCAUUCUGGUCUGUGACCUUUCGAUACAUUAUUCAACUCAACAGGUAACUUUUGGAGUGGAGGCAACAGACUCCACAAUUAAGCACAAUUUCCCUUCGAACAGUUGCCAGGAAACGUUGUUGUCUUGUGACCACAAACUGAAGCAACUUUAUACUUGUGCUUAAUUCUGAUUGGUUAGUUAGAAGUCUCCUGGUAUGUAUUUCAACUAAUCUUCACAGCUGAAAACGUUUCUUGCUCUCCUGGACUAUCGAGAGUCAAGAAAAACAUUUAGAGAUUCUCGUACAAUUUUAACGAAAUACAAUAGAGCAGCAUUUUGAACGUGGAUGGCCUCUUUGGUCUUUAAUUUAUCUAUUUAUGUCCGAUUUUUCGUGGAUGUUAAGAAUAUUAGAAGUAUCUUAAUAGGUAGUACUUUCUUGUGCAUAUCAAUUGAAACUGUUACUUGGUUAUUAUAUGGAUGGUGAAUAAAUAUUGGAGAAAUUUCUUGGUAAGGAGUUUUGAAGUAACGGCACGUCGUGUUAAACGGAUCUUAGUUUUAUGAGAGGGUUUUGUCUUUUGAGAAAGGAUGGUAGGGUAGUUACAAUGUAAAUAAACCAUUCUGCAAAGAUUUUGCAAAGAAUAAUUGAUCGGCGCAAACCAAGAAAGCUCUUUUUCUUGAUGAUUGCCAUUUUUUCUUUGUAGUAAACAUUUAUAUCAAUCACACAUCACGUUGAAAUAGACAUCGUGAUUAUAUGUUGCUUGCCAAUUUAGUACAUGUUUUUAUUCUUAUCAGCAAAGUCGACCUUUUCUGGCAUGUGACGAUUUUUUUAUAUGGGCAGUGAUUUAGCUCCUGUAGACACAAAGCUUUUUCGAGACUCGUGGUGCCAGUUAACGGUGAAGACAGAAUCCAACGGUGCCAAUAAUUAACAAUUAUUCCUCGAGCCCGAAUGGGCUCUCAGUCAAUAGCCCAUGAGGCCGAAGGAAGAAUGGGCUAUUGACUCAGAGGCUGUGAGGGUGAGAAGAGUAAUUGUUUUAGUAAAGUCCAACUAUUUGGUCAAAAAUAUCGAGGUAAAACAACUUUAGCGAGAAAAACGCGAUUCAGCCGCCAUUGUUUUGGUUUUCAAAGCGGGUACUUUUCGCUGUUAGUGGGCUAUACCAUAUAGCCUAGUAGUAGCUCGACCAAUCAGAACGCAGCAUUGAUAAUAAACCACUUGUUGGAUUUUACUAAUCAUUGUUAGCAUAUGAUAUGUUAGUGGGGAGCAGUAAAGCGAGAGCGUAAGCUCAGGGUUACGUCCUUUCCUGACGUUUUGCGUCAUGGGCGCCGCCUACCGCUCACCUCUUACUGGCGAUACCCCACUAUCUGAAAAAGACUGCUCGCAGUCCAGUGAGCGCGAGCAUACUCUUUUUAAUCUAGUAAUAAUAGUAAUAUUUUGCGCAAGCCUGUAGGAAGCUAACUUUUCAACUUAUAUUAUUUAUCUUUCACGCUGUUAAUAUAAUGAAUACAUGAAUUAAGCAACCUCCUUUCCAGGAUCUUUCAUCUUCCCAGACCCGGAGAAAGCGAGAAGUAGAUAGACUCUGGGAACGAGUUUGAAUAAAGUUGUUACCUCUUAACAUGCAAUGAGCUUUUACUUUUAGAAAACCAGAUAGAGUCGAAAGUCGCGUUCCUUUACAUUGGCAGAUUUAGGGGUGGAACCGAGGGGGGCGCAGUCCACCCCGUUUUUCUUUCUGUGAAAAUUGGUAUUUAUUGGUAAAGACCAGGAGCCCAUAAUCUGCAGCGUGUAACAUCCAUGCGUUCGUAUUACUGCGUUUUCACGGACCAGUUUAUUUUUAGAACGAUUUUGGCGCGAAUUUUGAAUAUGUUUUAAAUUCCAAAAAAAAGUCAGCACAACCUGCAGACCUAAAAAUGAUAUUUUUUGUCUUUUAAUAACGUUUAGUUUUCCUUGUUGAUAUCUUACACUUUAAAUGCGCCCAUAGACAUGUUGGAGAUUCUAUUUUCGAGGGAAAAUUUUUCCCAAAAUGU